CCAUCAAACCCAACCCAACCAACCAACCAAAAGCAAAUUCCCCAUCCCCGCACCACCGGCGCCGCCGUCUCCGCCUCUCCGCCGCCACCGUCCGGCCGCCCCGCGCCGCGCGCGCCUCCCCGGAUCCCAAACCCAAGCCCCGUCCCGCCGUGGAUCGCCGUGUGGGGAGGGGCGCACCGGCCGGGCCCCGACGGGCCAGAUGGUCUCCGGCGCCGGCGGGGGCGAGUAGCGCGGUUGGCGGCGACGAACGGAUCGGCGGCGCGGUGAGCCGGAGGCGGGGGCGGGGGCCACCAUGUCUGCCGUAGUGUGCGGCAAGAGGUCCUCCUCCAUCUUCGGCGACGAGCUUAUACCUUCCUCUUCCUCCCCUCCGUCCCCUCCCCCUCCCCAUCACCAUCACCCCUCCAAGCGGGCCCGCUGCUCCCCGGCUCGCCGGAGGGAGGCGCUGCUCCACCACCUCCUCCCCCUCUUCCCGGACAUGGAUCCUCAGUUGCUUGAAAGAGCUCUUGAGGCAUCCGGAGAUGAUCUAGAUUCUGCAAUAAAAAGUUUGACUGAGCUACGUUUGGAGUCUACUGUUGGUGAAUCUGAGAAGGGCCUAUCGGCAGCUCUUAAGUUGUCGGCUGAAGGCACUGUUAGUAAUGGCCAUUUGGGUGUAGUUACUGAGCACCCCCCUGCAACUGAUAAUGAUCAGACAAAUAAUCAUAGCUCCGAAUGGGUUGAGCUAUUUGUCAGAGAGAUGAUGAGCUCCUCCGACAUAGAUGAUGCACGAGCUCGUGCCUCCAGGGCUUUGGAGGCCUUUGAAAAAUCCAUUAUGGAUCGCGUAGGGGCUGAAGCAGUGCAUAAUUUGCACAGGGAAAAUGUGAUGCUGAAGGAUCAACUGUCAAUAAUACUGCGCGAGAAUGCUGUUCUGAAGCGGGGUGUUGCAAUACAACAUGAGCGCCAAAAAGAGUUCGAUGUGAGGACUCAGGAGGCUGACAGCCUGAAACAGUUGGUAUUGCAGUAUCAGGAGCAGCUAAAAACUCUCGAGAUAAAUAACUAUGCACUUAGAGUGCAUCUGAAGCAAGCUCAGCAGAACAAUUCUAUGCCUGGACGUUUUCCCCCUGAUGUCUUCUAAGAAAUGUGGUGCAUAUAACUCGGGACCUUUAGGUCGAGAGCUGAAAUGUUGCAUAUACCAUCAUACCACCAAUCAUCGGGCUUAUGCAGCAAGAAAGCACCAACAUCAAGGUCCUGAAAUCAUCCUUUGUAGUUUGAAGUUGAGAUGAGAAGGCAUUUUAUGGUUGGCGGGGCACCUGGUGCUUCCUGCCUGCGUGUAACAUUAUGUUCUGCUGGGUUUGGAAUUGUAAGAACAGAUACGUUGUAAUAUGGAUUACAGAAGAAUCAAGUGAUGUAUGUAUAGUAUUGAUUGAGACUUGAGAGAAGGAAUGUUCUGUCAGCCUGAAGAAUCAAGCGAUGUAUUUAUAAUAUUGAUAGAGGGAA